UCAAACCUAUAUCAACGAAUUUCAUCACAUUACACUAUUCAAACCAUAAUAACAAUUUUGUUGUUUUUUUUUAUUAGGUAUUUUUCUACAAUAGAAAUGGAUAAUUAUGAGAAAGCGAGGGUUAUUAGACCGUACAGAAAAUCGUCUCUUCCUCGCCUGCGAUGGACACCUGACCUUCACAAUCACUUCGUUGAAGUAGUUCAUAGUCUUGGUGGGAAAUACAAAGCAACUCCAAAGAAGAUUAUGCAGGUGAUGGGCGUGAAGGGGCUCAAGAUAUCUCACAUCAAGAGUCAUCUACAGAUGUACAGAAGCAUGAGGGAAACCACAAUUACAAACGAGUUUAUAGCUGUGAAAAACUACCAAGAAAAGAGACAAGUUUAUGAAGUAAUGAGAGAAGCACCAACUCAUAGAAACCUAUUUAGAGUUCCUUUGACAUGCCAAGUUAGAAGGAGAAUCACACAAAAGGGCACAAAUGUAAUUCUCCAUGAAUAUCGGGGCGACGCACAAGGGAGCUCGAGCAGUGAAAUUAAACCAGGGGCAAAUAUGGAAAUUCAAACAACAACAGAAAUAAAUUUUUUGAGUUUAGGCAGCCAUCAAACGUCAAAGUCUAGCAAACAUAGUCCUAUUAAUUUAGAACUAACCAUAUCUUGAUCCACUAACUUCUUACCCUAAUUGUAAUUUAAAUUUUAAUUUUA